GUAAAACUAUCGAUAAUCAGAUUACAAACGAAAUAGCGUGCCGCAAUCCUAAUUUCGAUUGUUUCAAAUUUCGAUAGCACACAGCUGCAACACGUGCAAUUGUUUUGUUUUCAUAGCAUUCGUUGUUAACAAUCUUAAAGACGAAAAAUGAAAAUUCGCAAGAAUCACGUGCGUAAGCGUUACCGCUACAAUGUCAAUCGCAAAACAAUGAACAAACCACGAAAAUCCACUGGCAACAUCAAGGAUCCCGAAAUGAAGAAAUUGUGGCUGGAAAGUAAACGCGUGGGUACCAAUUUCAGUGAAAUGGGGCUGGCUAGCGAUCCCAACAAGUCGGUGGGCAUACCCAACUAUAAGCGCGAAAGGCUUGAGGCUGUUAAAAUUGUAAAUGGUUUCAUGGAAGAGCAGCUCGACGAAGAGGAGCUGGCGGCGCUAGGCUCUAAGGCCGCAGAACCAGAGCCUGAAAAACCAAAACGCGGGCAUGUCGUCCAAGACCUAGAACAGAUGGCAAUUGAUCGAAGAGCCGAUCCAGAGUUCAGACUACCCAAGGGUGUGGUAAAGGAGCUCUCGUACUUCCUCAAUAAACACAAGUUCAACUACAAGGCCAUGGUAACAGAUCGUCGCAAUCAUGGCCAAUGGACGUGGAGGCAAUUUCGAUUGAAAAUACGCAGAUUCAUGUCAAUACCAGAACAAUUCAAUGAAUAUCUGGAGCAGAAAAAGCUUCCCACGGGCGUUAAGCCAGAUUGGCCAGAAUACGAGUCGGACAGUGAAUGGAAAUAAUUAUUGCUGUGACCUAGAAUAGAAUAUAAGCAUAUACGGUACAUAUAGAUGUAUACAAAUGUAUAAUUAAUUUCUGAUAGAAAUUUCAUUUCUGUGUUGAUUAUAUUAAAGUAUAUUACGG